AUGAGUCAUCCAGUAGACAAGACCAACAUCCAGGGCGGCAUUUGGCCGCGCAUGCCCAAGGAGUUUGAGUCCUACCUCUUUUACAGGAUCACAAAUGCGAACAGACUCCGCUAUGAUCUCAGGGAGUUCAUCGGCGAAAUCACCACUGGAAAGCAAUGUGAAGAGCGUCUAGAAGAGAUCAAGUCGGCACGAGAGAAUGGUAAAGCUGCAAAGAUCCCCAUGUCGGGCAUAAAUGUGGCCUUUACCCAAAAAGGGUUGCAAAAAUUGAACCUAGCACAAAUGAAUGAUGGCCUUUUUGAAAAGGGCAUGUACAGCGACCUUGUCUUCGAAGGCGCCGACAUUCCAGACAUGUUGCUUCCCGAAUUCAAGCCUCCCCCUGGACACCCCGCGGGCGAUGACAGCUGGCGUAUCGACUUGGUCUUCGUCGUGGCUGCAUGCAGCGAACGUACCCUGAAUGAGGGAAUCGCCAAGAUUGAGACCAAUUUCCAUCUGAGAGACUUGAACAAGACUAGUUUGGAGUUGAUAUCCGCCAAGCAUGGUCAGCGCCGGCCCGGAGAUCUUCGUGGCAAAGAGCACUUGGGCUUUGAGGACCACAUCUCGCAGCCUCAGCUUCGCGGUCUGGAUCCCGAACCGGGUCCACGUGAACCGCAGUUGUGUCCUCCUGGAUACAUCUUUGUCGGUCAUGAUGGAGAUCCACGAAAAGACAUUACGCCUCCUUGGUCCGUGGAAGGCAGUUUCCUUGUGUUCCGUCAGCUAGACGAGAAGGUCCCUGAGUUCAAUAAGUUUAUUAAGGAAGCUGCAAAGAAGAUUCCAAACUACUCUGGAGAGAACGGCGCCGAGAAAUUGGCGGCUCAUAUGAUGGGACGUUGGAAGAGCGGCGCGCCCGUCGCUUUAACCCCCCACAAGGACGACCCUAGUCUUGCACACAGAAACGACUUCGAUUACCGGCCCAAGCAGAGCAUUUUGGGUUGUCCAUUCGCCGCGCACAUCCGUAAAAUGCGCCCUAGAGCUGACCACAAGCCCGACCUGGGCAAUGAUGACGAUUUUGUGAAAGGACAAUUCACCGAUCCUUUGGUUCACGAUACCAGCGCUGUCACGAUUCAGGAUGUUGAUAGUGACGAAGAACCCGACCAGCCACCCCAGAGGGAAGACGCCAGCGUUAUUCUGCGCCGUGGCAUUCCGUUUGGGCCUGAGCUUGGACCCGACGAGACGGAAAAGACCACCAAGAGCCGUGGUGUUUACUUCACUUGCUACCAGAGUGAUAUCCGAGACGGGUUUAAUUUCCUUAUGACACGCUGGGCAAGCAACAGUGUUUUCCCAUCAUCCAAGCACAAAACUCAUGAGCAUGGCCCUGGAAUGGAUCCAUUCAUCAACCAGAGACAGCGUAAGGACCAUCCUGAAGGUCAUAUAUGUGUGCAUGACGGCGUGGAUUCGGAGAAGGCGCACAGGCUCGGGCUUGGGACAGAUGCCUGGGUGGAUCAGCGUGGAGGCGAAUAUUUCUUUACUCCAUCCAUUCGAGGCCUCCGGUGGUUCUGCAAUGCGCCUCAAGAGCAGUAG